AAUUGAAAAUGCCACUUUUGACGUUUCAAUUUUAUACACUCAUAUUUUUAAUGUUUUUUAAUGCAAAUUACAAUAAUUUCUUUAAAAUAAUAUAUACCGAGAAUUAUUUUUUGUGUAGCUUAAUUAUGAACAAAAUGAUGUCUCAUUCUAGAGCUAGGAAGGCAGUAAUUGCUAAUGAUGCUGCUUCGGGGGGACGUCACUCUAUCAACAAAGCCUCAGGCGAUGGCACUAUAUCUAAUGUAAUCCCAAAGCACUGUAAGCAACGCAGUAGAAGCAGUAACAAAAUACCGAAGAGCAUCCGAUACGAACUAGAAAAUGCCCUAGUUGGAUUAUGCGAUGUUUGGUUUGAAGAGAUCAAACCACACCUAGUGAGGAAUAAUAUAAAGGUGCACGUCCAUGAGAGCUCCGGCGACGGCAGCGAUGGAGGCGAGGUGAGCGUCGACCACCAACGCCUGCCGCCCGGAGCGCCGGACUGCUCACACCUCGACCCAGCAUCCACGUCGCCUGUCUGCGAACUGUGCCGGCUGUUGUCCAACGCAUCGCGCAGCAUCGAGAGUGCAGUGUCGCAGGCUGCCAACGCGCUUCCCUCAGCGAAUGGAUGCGCUGGUGGAUAUGAACGAAGCAUCGAAUCAAUGUCAUAAUUCUGAAACUAAAAACGCCAAACUACUUUGGAAGCACCGAAAACGACAUUCGUAACAAGAGGAGAAACAGUUACUUCAACACAACUGUCGAGUGCCCCGUCUUUGUCGUGCAUACAGUAUCGUAACGUCUAGGAGUCAGAUAUAUAUAGAGAUCAGAUAAAGAUAACAUACUGCGGCGACCCCAAAUAAUGGGAUGGAGUCAAAGGAAUGAUGAAAGUAAGACGUUAAAGCCACCAGCUCGAGCACUAGUAGCAUCGGCACCCUGUAAUAUUUUACCUACCUGUAAUACCUAUUAGUGAAAAUGUUAUUUGCAGGACGUUAUUAAUAUAAUUGGUGAAAAGUUUGACAAGCGAUUAAGUUCCAUGAGGAUAUCUUCCACUAUUAAUCUUAUACUAACACCGGAGAAUUUGCACCGAGAUGCGAGAGGUUGUAAGAAAAAUCCAGCUUGGAGGUGAAACUCGUGUGAACUUGACUUGAUGAUUGUUCUCGUUAUAUGUUACAAUGCCUGCUAACGUGUCAUUUAGAUGCCAUUUUUUCUUCAUUUAUGUCGUGAACAAUAAACAUUGUUAUAAUUAAGAGGCUAUAAGACACUCAAGUAGCGCCCAAUAUACUUCGUGCAUUAUGACAUGUUGCAUGUAGAAUUAAUUUAAGCGUUGGUCAAUAAGGGGCGCUUUCAUUUUUUUAGUAUGAAAUGUACUUUAUUUCUAUGAAAUCUCACUAUGUUAGCCAAACAUACGCUAUAGAGCUCAAUGUAUCAAUUCAUGAAUCUCAAAUUGUUGGCUGGGUAU